UGUCCUGCUUCUCAUCAAGGCCUAGGAACUUAGAUGCUGGAUUUUCUUAACGGAGUCAAAGAGGCUCCUUCUUCCAUCCCCUACAGCUCUAAAAAUAGCUGUUCCGGGGCGCUGGGGAGAGGCUCCGCCUCUGCUGUGGGUGGGGGUGGGAGGCACUGCAGACCCCGGGCCCUGAGCUGCUAGCGUGGAGAGGCGCGCAGGAUCCCUGCAUUCGGCUAGUAGUGUCAGCCUGGCUGGCAGCAUCCUCGGGCUGCCCGCGGAGAUGGGGAAGCAGGCUUUGGAGCUGAGGUACGUUGAGGAUUUAAGGUCUCCAGCACUGACCCUGUCAUGAUUUGCUGUGAACCCUGGCAGCCCUUCCAUUCUGCUCAAGAAAUCUCAGGUCUUCUUUCAGCUCCUUGGCCAGUGGCCUUGGUGGCACUCUACCCCUGUGGUCAGUCCAGAGCCUCUCCUGCCCAUGCAGUAUUCAGCAGCCACUGUUGAGGGCCUUAGUGGCCCACUGUCUGGGGCCUACACACUCCCCACCUUCAAGUUCCAGCCUCGCCGUGAGAGCAUAGACUGGAGGCGCAUCAGCGCUGUGGACGUGGACCGUGUGGCCCGGGAGCUGGACGUGGCCACUCUGCAGGAGAACAUUGCUGGUGUCACCUUCUGCAACUUGGAUCGAGAGGUGUGCAACCACUGUAGGCAGCCUGUGGACCCGGUGCUGCUCAAGGUGCUGCGCCUGGCACAGCUCAUCAUUGAGUACCUCCUGCACUGCCAGGACUGCCUGAGUGCCAGCGUGGCGCAGCUGGAAGCACGGCUGCAGGCCAGCCUGGGCCAGCAGCAGCGUGGCCAGCAGGAGCUGGGUCGCCAGGCUGAUGAGCUCAAGGGUGUUCGGGAGGAGAGCCGGCGUCGGCGAAAGAUGAUCAGCACCCUGCAGCAGCUGCUCCUGCAGACGGGUGCCCACAGCUACCACACGUGCCAUUUGUGUGACAAGACAUUCAUGAAUGCCACCUUUCUCCGGGGCCACAUCCAGCGCAGGCAUGCAGGCACGACACUUGAAGUCGGAAAGCAGAAGCAGGAACAGCCGCUGGGGGAGGUUUUGGAGGAGCUGCGGGCCAAGCUCCAGUGGACCCAGGGGGAGCUGGAAGCCCAGAGAGAAGCUGAGCGGCAGCGGCAGGCCCAGGAAAUAGAGAUGACUCGUCAGAGGGAAAUAGAAGCUAAAAAAAAGUUUGAUGAAUGGAAAGAAAAAGAACGGAGCAAACUUUAUGGGGAAAUAGACAAGUUGAAACAAUUAUUUUGGGAUGAAUUUAAAACUGUUGCCAACCAGAACUCUACGCUAGAAGAGAAGCUGAAGGCGCUGCAGUCCUACAGUGUGACUGAGUCCCACCUUGGGUCUCUGCGGGAUGAGGAGUCGGAGGAGCGACUCAAGCAGGCCCAGGAGCUCCAGGCCCUUCGAGAGAAGAUGGAAGUUCAGAAAACAGAAUGGAAGAGAAAAAUGAAGGCAUUCCAUGAAGAGCGGGCAGCCGAGAGAAGAGAGAUGCGGGAAGAGAAUGAGAGGCUCCAUGCCACCCUGUCUCAGGAUCAGAAGAAGGCAGCUGCCCAGUCUCAGCGCCAUAUCAACGCCCUCCGUGCCCAGCUUCAAGAACAAGCCAGGCUCAUCGCGUCCCAGGAGGAGACGAUCCAGACAUUGUCCCUCAAGAAGACAGAGGAAGUCCAAGAGUUGCCAAAGGCUGUGGACACAGAGGAGGACUCUUCUGAGGAAGAGCUGCAGGAGUCCCAUGAUGAGCAGUGGAAAGUGUUAGCAGCCCUGAGGCAAAACCCCACUUGGCUGAAGCAGUUCCGGCCCAUCCUGGAGGACACCCUGGAAGAGAAGCUGGAAGGCAUGGGGAUAAAGAGGGGCACAAAGGGAAUUUCAGCUCAGACUCUCCGACAUCUGGAGUCCCUGCUGAGAAGCCAAAGGGAGCAGACAUCCAGAAGCUUUGGUGAAUUUUGGAGUCUGAGGGAAGAACUCAAUAAGGAAGUGACGGGCAGAGUGAAGAGGAGAUGGGAGAGUACAGCUGUAGUGUCCCGGCCAGCCAGCCAGCCUCCAGUCAAAAGCCAGCGGAUCACGCUGGCCACACGGGAGGCCCGGCCAAAGACUAGGACCCUGAAUGUGGCACUGCCAUCCAAGCCAGCAGAGCCUUCUACGCCAACUCUUCAGAGCCACAGCAGCCAUGGCCCUGGCCUCACCCAGGUGUCCACCCCCAUUCCACGCCCCCGAGUGCAUGGACCCUCCAGUACCCCUGUUUCCCCUGGGCCCGGGCUGAGCAGCACCCCCCCUUUUAGUUCUGAAGAGGAGCCAGAAGAAGACGUUGUGCAGCAAGUGUCUCUUCAGCCUGCCAAAGUUCUUUCCAGAUCUGCACCCCAGCCAGAGGACGACUGGGGCUGGUCUGAUUCUGAGACCUCGGAGGAGAGUGUCCAGCCCUCCGGCAAGGGCUCCGGUGGGCUGGCUUCCUCAGGAACACUGGUGCAGUCGAUGGUCAAAAACCUUGAGAAACACCUUGAAACUCCAGCAAAGAAGCCUUCUGGAGGGGUCAGUGUGUUCUUAAGGCCCAACACUGCCCUACAGAGGUCUUCCACACCAGCAAGGAAGUCUCAGCUUUCUGAGGAUGAGAGUGACUUGGAGAUCUCAUCCUUGGAAGAUCUCUCCCAGGACCUGGACCAGAGAGGAACGCCAAAGCCUUUGUCUCGCUCAAAGCUCCCAGAAAAGUUUGAUGCUAGCCCUUGGAGUUCUGGCCGACCUAGGGUUCCUGGCUGGUGAUUCUGCUGUGGUUGCCAGAGGGCUUAGCCUCUUUGACUGGCUGGGCUCAUCCCAACAGAAGAGGCUGUUAGGCUUCUUGCUCCCACCAGCAGCCAAGAAAUCUUUCCCUUGAGGAGAGGCAGAGCAGGAGACAGACGUCUAUGCAUUCUCCCUAUAAGGACUGCUACCUCAGAGGGCCAGGGUCCUGCUGCUACCCCAAGAGGCUGCAGUGUCUUGUGUAAAUGUGAGAAGGAUUAUAACAGGAGUGUUUCUUCUAUGAUUCCUUUUGUAAUCUGCAGGUCACCAUGGAGAUGGGGCCCGAGUCAUCACUCUGGGCUAGACUCUCUCGCCUUUCACCACUGAGUUGGGGUGCAGACAGAGGUAGAUGGUGUAAAGUGUCUGCUGCCAGGGCCAAGCAUAUUAAUCUAGUGCUAGAUAUUAGCGAGUUAGGGGGGCACGGGAGAGGCUGCCUGUCCUCAUUUCAUUCCUGUUGCUGUGAUAAAACACUGACCAAAAGCAGCUUAGAGGAGGAAAGGCUUUGUUGGGUUUACAGUUCCAGGUCACAGCCUGUCGCGAGGGAGACGAGGCUGGAACUGGAGGGUAGGCCUGUUUGCUGUUCCAUAUAGCAUUACCUCUCACCAAGGAAUUCGCUUCACAGCCAAAGCAGCAGAGCAGAAGCCACGGAGGGCACUGCUUGCCAACUGGCUCACAGCUGUAUAUGCGCAGCUAGCUUUUUUAUACAGUUCAGGACCACCUGCCUAGGGAUGGUGCUGCCCACAGUGGGCUGGCUUCUCCUAUGUCUGUGAACAAUCAGGACAGUUUCUCACAGACAUCGUCCUAAAAGCAUUUCCUCUACUGAGGGUCUCCUCUUGGACAAUUCUCAGUUGUGAAAAAUUGAUAUUUAGAGCUAACCAGGACAUCAUUCAACCCAGACCAGGAUAACCUUGGAGAAGUUCCCAGAGUUGUUACACCUGGUGGAGCUUGUUUGUGGCCAAGAAGAAAGAGCAGUUUGGAUGAAGCCUCUUGUCCCCAUAGAACCACGAAUUUAAUUUUUGAGACCAUUUCUGACAUUGAGUUUUUAUAUGUAGUUUUUUAUAUGACUGAAUUUUUUUUUUAGAGCAGGGAGUUGAGUCUUUUGGAGACGGG